AUUAAGAAGACUCCAGUUCUCGUCCAGUCCAGCAACAAUUUCUCUCAUUAAGGUUCUCAUUACGGAAAUAUAAACGUACUACCAAUCGACCAACUAACCAGAAUAAAAUAGUUUUUUUUUAUUUAGUAGAGCAAUCAAAUCACGAUAUAAAACUCAGCCUGAUUUCCUCCACAAAAGUCCAAACCUGGAUUUAUAAAAUCAUAAAACUAGAACUUGUAGGAACGUUUGCCGUGAUUUUGUCCCCAUUUAAAUUAAUGUCCCCAUUGCACAAUUCUCAUUUUGUGACAGUAACGAUUAUUUUGUACAAAGACAAAGUUUAACUUUAUUUAUUUACCAAUUAAACUGUGAGUUCAAAUCAAACCUUUUCCAUAAAAGUUCAAACCUUGGUUGGAUGAAAAUAGUGAAAUCAUAAAAUAUCCUACAACUUGGAAACCUAGAUAAAUUCACAAUUUAAAUUACAACAAAUAUUCGUGGAAAUUUCGCCCCCAUUUAAAUUAAUGGUCCCUAAAGUUAACUCUCAUUCUGUGACCGUUACGUGAUAUAUACAAAAAAUAGACAAAGUUUAACUUUAUUUAUUUAUCAGUUAAUAAACUUUAUAAGUUUAAACUUGCAUGAAAAUGAGAUCAAAAUCAAAACUUUUCCACAAAAGUCCAAACUUUGAUUAAAAAUACAGUAAAAUCAUGUAAUAUCUCGGAAACUUGUAUCCCGGAAAUUUCGCCCCCAUUUCAAGUAAUGUCCCCAAUGGAAAACGCUCAUUCUGACGAUUAUCCUAUAAGAAGAAGUCGGUUUGGUCUAGAUAUUUAAAUAAAAUUUUAAAUACGUUGAAAUGAGGCCAUCCUGUUUUUUGUGGGUGGCAUGCAUCGCCUUAUUUUUGCCGUGUGUGACCCCACAAGACCCCGAGCUUGACCUGGCCACCAUUCUGGAACGGAGAGUGACCAGAAUUCGGAAUCAGUACUUUAACGAAGAAGCCGCAACGACGCUGUUGCUCCAAAUGAGUGCAGAAGGGACCUGGGCAAGUGUCGAUUAUACGGCGGGAUGUCCGGCAAGACGAGCCAACUGGCCAGCACAAGACCAUCUUCAUAACACUCUAACGAUGGCCGCCGUGUGGUCCACUUCCGGUAACCCGUUCCUCCUCGCGGCCGCCAACGCCUCCUUGACCCACUGGUUAUCCAACGACUUCACGUCCCCCGAUUGUAUCAAUGCGGGGGGACGGGCCGAGCUGACGUGUCCGUGUGGGACGCCGGGCUACUGGAAUACGAACUGGUACUGCCAAAUGAUCCUGAUUCCUGGUCUGGUCGGGUCAGCCUGCCUUCUUCUCGCCCCCGCACUGACGCCCAGCCAACUGGACACGUGCUCGGUACAAAUGGCGCGAUCCUGGCAGCGGGUUGACGGCGACCCCAAUGGCUCAAUGGGACCCAUGACGGGCGCGAACUUGUUGGAUGUCGCGUCAAUCGCGAAAUCUCUGGCGGUUUUGACCAAUGAUCACGCCAUGCUCGUCGCGGCGUCGACGAGAUGCUGGGAAGAGUGCAGUCUUUCAUUCGGACCCCCAACUGUGGACGGGAUCAAGGUGGACGGCGCCUUUAUGCAGCACGAUGGCCAAAUUUAUACCGGAAAUUACGGAAAAGUUUUUAUGAAUCAGAUGAUUUCCGGGUUUCUCGAGUCGACCGGGACGAGCCUGUCGCCCCCACCGGAUUUCGUGACGGAAGCCUUCACCACGCUUUUCAUGGGGUCGGAGUGGCUCAUGUACCGGAAGGGGGACCAGUUGAGCUGGAGUUAUAGUGCGAUCGGGAGGAUGGUCUCGCACAAGUGGGAGGACUGGAGUGGGAUUGACCUCAGGUUGGAUGACGUCCUCGCAGCCACGGGGGACUGGGCGGAGGGCGACCUUUUUCGAGAAAUGGUGGCCAGGCUGAGGGAACCGGAUGGGAUGUUGAUGGGAAGUCGGUAUUUCCAUACGGCUGAUUUUUUGGUAAAUCGAGGCCCUGGUUACACCACCACGUUGAAAAUGUACUCUUCCCGGACGACCAACUCCGAGUGCAACAAUGGUCAAAAUCCGUACGGUUAUCACCUCUCGGAUGGCACGAUCUACACGCAGAUAUCCGGGCACGAGUACACCAACGUGUUCGGCGCGUGGGACUGGGACCUCAUCCCGGGCACGAGCUCGCUCUACGGUGGCGUUCCGCUGGGCUGCUCGCUCGUCCAGCGGAGGGGGCGCGACCCCCUCGUGGGCGCGGUCACGUUGGGCAGCGCAUCGCUCGCGGUGAUGACCCACGUCGACCCUGCGGUGGGGAAUCAUGCCUUCGCGAAGACGUACUUCUUUUUCCCCGCUGUUUACGCCGUGCAGUUCGUCAACCUCGAUUGGAAUGCGGGUACGAUGGUUACCACGUUGGACCAGAGACAAGCCUUGGGGUCCGUGUGGGUGGACGGGGUCAGUUUAGGGGACGAUGGGUGGGUGGAGAAUCAAGCCUCGCGAACCGUGUGGCAUGACGGGGUCGGCUACUCGUUCGGGGAGGAGGUCAACCUUAGCGCGGGGGUCGUGGCGAGGGUGGCGAAUUGGUCGGAGAUCGGGAUUUCUGUGGGGACUGAGAACCAGACGCAUUUUGUGGCGUAUGUAAGCCAUGCCGCGGGGGUUGGGGGGGACGAGGUCCCCUACGUCGUCAGGGUGGGCGUGGACAGGGAGGAGUUCGAGUCGUCCCCUCUUGGCGGGGUAACGUUGCUACCCCGCUCGGAAAACGUGACGGGUACGACGUACUCAUCGCUGGACGUGGUCGUCAUCUCGGUCGCCUUCCUGUCCCCGACCAACUACUCGACCGGGGUGGAAGUCGUCCCCUGGAUUUUCGUCAGCCAGGCUCCCAUCCUGCUCAUCCUGGAAGGACGAGGGGACACCCAGUGGACUUUGGGGGUGGCUGACCCGUCUCAAACGAUGGUGGGAGAUGUGCACGUGGCCGCGGAGAUUGGUGGGGUUUUAGUCGAAAAGGACGUCACACUGCCGACCGGUCCGUACGCGGGGAGCAGCGUGGAGGUUCCGAUCGAGGUGUAAAAUUUGGGAAAUUUUGAAUUAACGAUUUGUAACAGGAAUACAAAUUUUCGAAAAUAUUAUUUGAUUAAAAUGCCAUUGUUUUCCUGUAUUACUAAAAAAACUGUGUUGAUUAGAUUAACUCACACGUGACGAAAUUAAUUACUGCAAAAACCACAAACUUUCUCCAUUUUGAUUAACUUUAUUAAUUAAUUAAUUUUCAUAUUUUUAACAUGUAACAACAACAUGAAAACCAGGAUUAGAAAAUUACCGUACGUGUCAUUUAUCACCUCGUAAAUGUAUAAAACCGUAUUCAAAUGAAUCAAUGGGUUUUGAUUAAGUAAACUAUGGCAUACAUUCAAACAGAA